AUGGAUUAUCCCAAAUAUCGUGCUAAGGUAUAUGAUUUUUUUCGGAUAGAUGCCGGCCAAUACUCAUCUCGUGCCGUUCGUGAAAAAACGGCAGAAUUAGCAUCACUGGCGUUAUUUAACAGGGAGCGAAAUUGCACCGACUCUGUAUGCCUAGAGCCGCAAAUUGGCGUGCCAAAUAACUUCGGUGUAUUUGUUGAUGGCCAGCGUGAUAUCAGCAGGGCUACCUGGACGCAGAGCCAACCGGGGCAGAUCGAAGAACUCUCUGCAGCCGAUUCUCGGACAGGGGCUUUUCAUUCGCCUCCAAAAGUUAGCACUUCAGCCCUUACGACGAUGAUCCGCGAUUUCGCACCAGAUAGAAGUAAUUAUGGGCUAAGUGAAGAGCCCAUUCAGGAAGAUUUUUCGCACCCAGACCCAGCUCUCACGCUGUCGCGCGGUUCGAAUGUGCCAGAUACAGAACGAACUGCACUUCUCAAUCCGUCUCGAACCAAGAGUUGGGAUGACCGCACCGCCCCAAUUGAUGUAGAAGGCCAAAUUACUAGGUAUAAUAAACCUUUGGAUAAAUUGCGUGCUAUAUGCGCAAGGGGAGGUUCCCAGUGCUUCCAUCGCUUGAACCCGCAGGCCUGGGACAGAAGGGUAAUUUGGCGGAAGGGAAUAGUUUACCCCAUCACCCUUCUUCCUGCCGUAUUUCUAGGCCUCUUGCUCAAUAUCCUAGAUGCACUUUCUUACGGAAUGAUUCUUUUCCCGCUGGGUGAGCCACUAUUCGCUCACCUCGCCCCAGAUGGCAUCUCCAUGUUCUACGUCAGAGGUGUUGGUUCUGAAAUGAUUGAGGUUGUUCCAUUUUUUCAUAAAAUCGCUUUUAUGAUCCUCAAGAAGGUUGGCAAGCAGAACGAGAAAGCAGUUCUCGCGACCACCAUCCUAUCCUAUGCCGUCAGCUCCGUGCUGACUGGAUCUGUCUUUUUCCUGAUGGGAGCUUUCAACCUGGGCUCGCUAAUAGGGUUCUUUCCGCGCCACAUCCUAAUCGGAUGCAUUGGUGGAGUUGGGUGGUUUCUUGUCGCUACGGGGGUUAUGGUAUCCGCUCGUCUAUCUGGCAAUCUUGAAUACAACUUAGAGACUCUAAAAAGGCUUUUCCAGCUUGAUACUGUUUUCCUUUGGACACUUCCCCUUAUCGGCGCUAUUGGCUUGCUUGUGAUAAAGCGAUUCGUUAAGUCAAAUUUUCUUGUUGGGGGUUAUUUCAUAUCUAUGGGUGCUGUCUUCUAUAUUUUCAAGUUCUGUUUAAAUAUACCGCUAGAGACUCUACGGAGCCGUGGUUGGGUCUUCGAGGCUCCAUCUUCAUUAGAGCCGUGGUACCAUUUCUAUACAUUAUAUGCACUCGCGGAAACCAUUCCUGCUAUGUUCGCAUUGACGUUUUUCGGCGUGCUACAUGUGCCCAUCAACGUCCCUGCUCUGGGUAUCUCGACCGGCGAAGACAAUUUAAACGUUGAUAAAGAACUUCUCGCACAUGGUAUUUCAAACGCAGUGUCGGGUUUUUUCGGUAGCAUUCAGAAUUAUCUCGUUUAUACCAAUAGUCUACUCUUCAUCGGCAGUGGCGGUAACAGCCGUUUGGCAGGCGUGAUGCUCGCUUUCGGCACAUUUGGCAUCAUGCUUGUAGGGCCGGGUAUAAUUUCUUAUAUCCCAGUAGUGAUUGUUGGCGCCCUUAUCUACAUGCUUGGGAUAGAGCUAAUGGAAGAGGCUCUGGUGGAUACGUUAGGAAAACUACACACAUUGGAGUAUCUUACUGUAAGUUCCAGUAUCCACUUCCAAGCAUUUGGUUAG